AUGAGUCUCUGCCCACCAGGUGCCGGGACUGGCGACGUGGGCGUGGUCAUCGUGGACCCCCAGGGCCGCCGCGACACCGUGGAGGUGAUCUUGGAGGACAAAGGGGAUAGCAUCUUCCGGUGCACCUACCGCCCCGUCCUGGAGGGUCCGCAUACCAUCUAUAUCACCUUCGCUGGAGCCCAGAUCCCCAAAAGCCCUUUCGUGGUCAACGUGGCUGAAGCUUGCAACCCGAACGCCUGCCGGGCCAUGGGCCGCGGGCUGCAGCCAAAGGGGGUGCGCGUGAAAGAGGUGGCCGACUUCAAGGUCUACACAAAAGGAGCCGGCACCGGGGAGCUGAAAGUCACCGUCAAGGGGCCAAAAGGUACCGAGGAGCCAGUGAAAGUUCGGGAAGUUGGUGACGGCGUGUAUGAGUGUGACUAUUACCCUGUGGUGGCCGGGAAGUACGUGGUGUCCAUCACCUGGGGAGGCCAUGCUAUCCCAAGGAGUCCCUUCGAGGUACAGGUUGGGCCAGAGGCUGGGCUCCAGAAGGUCCGGGCCUGGGGACCCGGCUUGGAGACGGGUAUGGUGGGCAAGUCUGCCGACUUCGUGGUGGAGGCGAUUGGCACAGAAGUGGGAACGCUGGGCUUCUCCAUCGAAGGGCCCUCCCAGGCCAAGAUCGAGUGUGACGAUAAGGGCGACGGCUCUUGCGACGUCCGAUAUUGGCCCACCGAGCCGGGGGAGUACGCCGUGCACGUGAUCUGUGAUGACGAGGACAUCAAGGACAGCCCAUUCAUUGCCCACAUCCUGCCCGCCACCAAUGAGUACUUCCCUGAGAAGGUGAAAGCUUUUGGCCCCGGCUUGGAGGCUGUUGGCUGCAUUGUGAACAAACCCGCAGAGUUCACCAUCGAUGCCAGAGGGGCAGGAAAAGCCGAACUGAAGAUCUAUGCUCAGGAUGCGGAGGGCGUCCCCAUCAACAUCAAGGUCAAGGACAAUGGCGACCACACCUUCUCGUGCGUCUACGUCCCCACCAAGCCCAUCAAGCACACCAUCAUCAUCAGCUGGGGGGGCGUCAACGUCCCCAAGAGCCCCUUCCGGGUACGUGGCCGAUGCUUGUGUGACUCCUGUAGGUCUCGCAGGGCCGUCGCCGUGGCCCCUCGAGCUCGGCAGCCGGCUGUCGGCUGUUGUGGUGCGAGCUGCGAGGCCUGCGCCCAGCGCCACCCGCCAUUCCCCUACCUCUGGCGGCUCACCGAGCAUGCACGGCUUCGCCUGCACUGUCGGCGGUCCAAGCCGCCAUCGCCCGGCGCUGGGGGAGGAGCGUUUGCGGCGCUGGCGAAGCGAACUCGGGUGGUUUUUUCCGGCCGCGCGCCCCUGGCAGAAGCGGCCCCCUUGCAGGCCGCUGGGACUGGAGAGCGCGGGGAGCCCAUCCCUUGCAGCUCCCCCCACGCAGACCGGCCUGCCGGCAACAUGGCCGUGACGGUCACCUAUGGUGGAGACCCCAUCCCCAAGAGCCCCUUCCCGGUGACUGUGGCCCCGCCCCUCGAUCUCAGCAAGGUCAAAGUGCAAGGACUUAACAGCAAGGUGGACGUGGGCCGUGACCAGGAAUUUGCCGUCAACACGAAGGGGGCAGGCGGGCAAGGCGAGGUGGACGUGAAGAUCAGCUCGCCCUCUCGGCGCCCCAUUCCCUGCAAAGUGGAGACCGGCACGACCAACGAUAUCCAUUCCGUCAAGUACAUGCCGCCGGAAGAGGGACCUUACAAGGUGGACAUCACGUACGAUGGACACCCCGUUCCUGGCAGCCCCUUCUCUGUGGAGGCCGUCAUGCCCCCGGACCCAUCCAAGCCCCCGGCUGUUGUUCUUUUUAGCCCAUUUAAGAUCAAGGUCCUCCCAGCCCACGACGCCAGCAAAGUGCGAGCCAGCGGGCCCGGCCUCAACGCCUCUGGCAUUCCCGCCAGCCUUCCUGUGGAGUUCACCAUCGAUGCCCGGGACGCGGGGGAGGGGCUGCUGACGGUACAGAUCCUGGACCCCGAGGGCAAGCCGAAGAAGGCCAACAUACGGGACAACGGAGAUGGGACCUACACAGUCUCUUAUGUUCCAGACAUGACGGGGCGCUACACUAUCACCAUCAAAUACGGCGGCGAUGAGAUUCCCUACUCGCCCUUCCGUAUCCACGCCCUCCCUGCGGGGGAUGCCAGCAAGUGCCUUGUCACAGUGUCCAUAGGAGGCCACGGACUGGGGACUUGUUUGGGACCCACCAUCCAGAUUGGGGAAGAGACGGUGAUCACUGUGGACGCCAAGGCUGCGGGGAAAGGAAAGGUGACCUGCAAGGUGUCCACUCCGGACGGGGCUGAGCUGGAUGUUGACGUGGUGGAAAACCACGACGGCACCUUUGAUAUCUACUACACCGCCCCCGAGCCCGGCAAAUACGUCAUCACCAUCCGUUUUGGAGGCGAGCAGAUCCCGAACAGCCCGUUCCACGUGGUGGCCUGUGACUCUGCCCCCCAAGUUGAGGAGCCCUGCGACAGCGUCCAACUCCAGCUGCCCUUCCCGGCUCACCACGCUGGCGGAGGCUACCCUCCGCACUGGGCCACGGAUGAGCCUGUUGCCCCUCCGGAGAACGUGGAGUCCAUGCUGCGCCCCUUCAACCUGGUCAUCCCCUUCACCGUGCAGAAGGGGGAAAUCACAGGUGAGGUGCGGAUGCCCUCCGGCAAGACUGCCCGUCCUCACAUCACGGACAACAAGGACGGCACCGUGACCGUGAAAUAUGCCCCCGUCGAGAAGGGUCUGCACGAGAUGGACAUCAAAUACGAUGGCAACCACAUUCCAGGGAGCCCAAUUCAGUUCUACGUGGAUGCCAUCAACGCUCGCCACGUGAGUGCCUACGGACCCGGCCUGAGCCACGGCAUGGUCAACAAGCCAGCCACCUUCACCAUCGUCACCAAGGAUGCUGGAGAAGGAGGUCUGUCCCUUGCUGUCGAGGGCCCCUCCAAGGCCGAGAUCACCUGCAAAGACAACAAAGACGGGACCUGCACCGUCUCCUACCUGCCCACGGCACCCGGCGAUUACAACAUCAUUGUGCGUUUCGACGAUAAGCAUAUUCCCGGCAGCCCCUUCACGGCCAAGAUCACCGGUGACGAUUCCAUGCGCACCUCCCAGCUGAACGUGGGCACCUCCACCGAUGUGUCCCUGAAGAUCACGGAGAGCGACCUGAGCCUGCUGACGGCCAGCAUCCGUGCACCGUCUGGAAACGAGGAACCCUGCUUACUCAAGCGUCUCCCCAACCGGCAUAUUGGGAUCUCAUUCACCCCCAAGGAGGUAGGCGAGCACAUUGUGAGCGUGAAGAAGAGCAGCAAGCAUGUGACCAACAGCCCCUUCAAGAUCAUGGUGGGCCAGUCGGAGAUCGGAGAUGCCAGUAAGGUGAAAGUGUCGGGGAAGGGCCUGGUGGAAGGCCGCACUUUCGAGGUGUCUGAAUUCAUCGUCGACACACGAACCGCAGGCUACGGCGGCUUAGGCCUGUCCAUUGAAGGUCCCAGCAAGGUAGACAUAAAUUGUGAAGACAUGGAAGAUGGAACUUGCAAAGUAACCUACUGCCCCACGGAGCCCGGAAACUAUAUCAUCAAUAUCAAGUUUGCCGACAAGCACGUGCCGGGGAGUCCUUUCACCGUGAAGAUGACGGGCGAGGGGCGCAUGAAGGAGAGCAUCACCCGCCGGCGUCAAGCCCCCUCCAUCGCUACGAUUGGCAGCACCUGUGACCUCAACCUCAAGAUUCCAGGUAGGGGCUGCACCGCCAUGACGGCCCAAGUGACCAGCCCGUCGGGAAAGAUGGCCGAGGCAGAGAUCAUUGAGGGGGACGACAGUGCCUAUUCCGUCCGCUUCGUGCCCCAGGAGAUGGGCCCCCACACGGUGAACGUCAAGUACCGUGGUCAGCACGUGCCGGGCAGUCCGUUCCAGUUCACGGUGGGGCCGCUGGGAGAAGGGGGCGCUCACAAAGUGCGAGCCGGAGGCACCGGCUUGGAGAGAGGCGUGGCUGGGGUGCCAGCGGAGUUCAGCAUCUGGACCCGGGAGGCCGGUGCCGGUGGACUCUCCAUCGCGGUCGAGGGCCCAAGCAAGGCAGAGAUUGCCUUCGAGGAUAGGAAAGACGGCUCCUGUGGAGUCUCCUACGUUGUCCAAGAAGCAGGUAGGGUGGCAGUGUCCAUCAAAUUCACGAUGACGAAGCACAUCCCGGACAGCCCCUUUUCAGUGGGUCCCUCGGUGGCUUCGCUCUCCUGAUGACGCCUCACCGCUGUCCACCUGCAGGAGACUGGGUUGAAGGUGAACCAGCCAGCUUCCUUUGCUGUGCAGCUGAACGGAGCCCGUGGUGUGAUCGAUGCUAAAGUUCAUACACCGUCAGGACUGGUGGAAGAGUGCUACGUCUCAGAGCUGGACAGUGACAAAUACGCCAUCCGCUUCAUCCCUCAUGAGAACGGCGUGCACUCCAUCGACGUCAGGUUCAACGGCAGACACAUCCCCGGCAGCCCUUUCAAGAUCCGGGUUGGGGAGCAGAACCAGGUUGGCGAUCCGGGACUCGUCAUGGCCUACGGCCCAGGGCUGGAGGGCGGAACUACAGGCGUCUCCUCUGAGUUCUUUGUCAAGACGCGGAAUGCCGGCUCCGGCGCGCUGUCCGUCACCAUCGACGGGCCCUCCAAGGUGCAGAUGGACUGCCAGGAAUGCCCAGAGGGCCACAAAGUCACCUACAUGCCCAUGGCCCCAGGCAACUACCUCAUCUCCAUCAAGUACGGAGGACCCCAACACAUUGUGGGCAGCCCCUUCAAAGCCAAAGUCACAGGGCCACGUCUGUCCGGCGGGCACAGCCUCCACGAGACGUCAACCGUGCUGGUGGAGACGGUCACCAAGGCCUCGUCUUCCGUGGGCAGCAGCUACAGCGCCCUGCCCAAGUUCUCAUCGGAUGCCAGCAAGGUGGUGGCCAGAGGGCCCGGGCUUACCAAGGCCUUUGUGGGCCAGAAAAAUACCUUCACUGUGGACUGUAGCAAAGCAGGUACCAACAUGCUAAUGGUGGGCGUCCACGGUCCCAAGACACCCUGCGAGGAGGUUUACGUGAAGCACAUGGGCAACCGGGUGUACAACGUCACCUACACCGUCAAGGAGAAAGGCGACUACAUCCUCAUCGUCAAAUGGGGAGACGAGAGCGUGCCCGGGAGCCCCUACCAAGUCAACGUGCCCUAGGGGGUUGUGGAGGUCAUCCCCCUUUGGCCCCGCCCUGCACCUCCACACCAAGGACCGGUCUUGACAAACUACCUGUAUUACCCCAGGGCGGGGCAAGUGUGAAGAAGAACUUUGGGACAACGGGUUGGGGUUUUCUUUUGUUUCUUUUUCUUUUUUGCCUGUUUGGACUUUGAACAAUUUCACCCGGAUAAAAGAUUGGGAGGGGUCAGGGGAGGCGGACCGGUACCGUUGUGGCCGGUAAGGGUGGGGGGUCACAGUGAAGCCCAGGGAGAGAGAGAAAGGAAAGGGGCCAAAAACCAGAUCUUGGGCAGAAGUGAUGAUACGGGACAGGAAGGGGUUCAGACAACAGGAAAUGAUGAUGCGGGACAGGAAGUGGUUCAGACAACAGGAAGUGAUGAUGCGGGACAGGAAGUGGUUCGGAGAACAGGAAGUGCAUCGUGUUCUGCCCUUUAGCGGUGCAAAUGAGGAUGGUGUGGGAAGCCCCGGGCAAUUCAUCUUCCAGGAUGCUUUAAUUCUGAUGGAAGCUUGUCUGCGGUCCAUCACUGGUGAAUAGCAGCGUGCAAUUGAGGCCAGUCUGGCACAGUCUUGUCCCUCCAGCGAUGCUUAUCCCUCAGUCUUACCGCUUCAGGUUGGCUUUGAGGAAGGAGAAAGAUUUGGAACCGGGAAUGAUGAGGGAGGUAGCAAAAUGCAGAGUCUGGAGAUGGAGACUUCUGUGAGGUGUACCGGGGAAGAAAGGGAUCUUCGGCAUCCUUUCAACUGUAGGAGCCCCGACAGACGAUCCAGCGAAAUGAUGCUGCUGAGUGAGCCGUUCCCAGGAAGCAACAGUCAAGCGUGUGGACUCUGAGAAAGGAUGGGAUCGCCUAAGAAAGUUUCUGACCCAGGGCCCACCACCAUGCCUGGGAGGUUUACCGGAAGAUGCAGUGCUCCAAGAGUUGCAAUUCUUGCAAAUGCAGUGAGGGGCAUAUAGCUUCCCCCCCUCCCCCCAAGGCAUUUCCCACCGUCUCUGCUUUCUCUUCAUCGGCCAUCACUGUGAAGAAGGACUGCCCAAACUGAAGACAGAGAUUAAUAAAAAUAUAAACAACGGGAGAAGGAAGAAAAAUGUUAAAAGGGAAGGGGGGGGGGAUUAGAACCCAAGCCCACGAGGGGAGGACGUUUGAAUUCUCCUGAGGGGGGUGGGAGUGGGGAGGGAUAUUUUUUAGCGAUGUGUUUUGUGGUUGUGUGUGUCCUACAGGGAUGGAAUGGCACCUCCACUCGCCAAAGGUAGUCCAGGCAGAGCAAAGUCCUGCCGCCAGCAAUAAAGGUGACUUGCUAUUAA